CGGUUGAUGCAUGACCACGUGACAUAUUCCACGCGUCCUUUUAGCUUGCUUCGCUGUGGAAGAGGUUUAUAGUUGAUUCGAAGCUGAUUUUUUAACGAAAAUAUUUCACAAAAUAUGGGCGAACCGUGCAAGGUACAUGUUGGGAACGUUUCUUUUAAUGCGACAGAAGAGGAUCUGCGCGAAGUUUUUGAAAAAUAUGGCCGCGUUGAAAAAGGUUGGUUGAAAGAAAUUAAUAGACAUGUUGAAUUUCGACGAAAAUGGAAUCGUUGAAUUGUCGUUGAAAUAGCUGUAGCCUGUAGCCUGUAGUGAGUUUUGUCCGUGUUUUCAUGAAUGAUUUCGCUCGAAAUACCGAAGUGUGUUUGUCUUUUUUAGACGAACGAGUAUCGGCGAUCAUGCUUUCUUUCUAUCAGAAAAUUAUUAAAUUUUUUUGCCGCCCUAUUUUAUAUUGAUGUCUGCUGAAAAAAAUGGCGUCGCAGUUUUUGAGGCAUAUUUUGAUUUAUAUUAAGAGAGUUCUUCUGUUUGUAGAUAUGCCUUGGCAGUCAGAAGUCUAUUCGCUUAAAUUUUACAUUAAAAUAAAAACAUUUGCUAUUGACAGUAUUUGGGGAAAUUUAUUUAACCCCAAAUAUUCUUGCUCUAACUUUGAAAGCCUGAUACCAUGGCACCUUUUUUUUGCAAAAUUCGAAAUAUUGGGUGCAUGUGCAGUAAACAUAAGCUCUCACCCUGAUUAUGUCCGAACAUUGUGAAGCCUGAUUUACCUUUACCGUGUAUGCACCUAUUUUGUGCGAGUUCCCCCCCCCAAAGAAAGCGCCUGGGGCCAUUCCAUUUAAUAUACCCCUAUGGACGAGAAUUUCUGAGGGGGUUUGAAAAAGCCAUUUUUGAGGGGUGGUGUGCAUUGGCAUCCUUUGAUCUUGGCAUUUUUUCUGAGGGGUAAGGCAAAUAUUUCUCAAUUUCUGGGGGGUGUUUGUGUUGGCACUUUGAUCUUUUUUUCUUAAGGGUUCAAAUUUUAUUGAACUCGUCCAUGGGGGGGGGGAGGUGUAUAUUAAAUGGAAUGGCCCCUGUGGAAUCGCCCGUGUGGAAAGUUUGUAUUGUGUGGCGGAUAUCUCCGGCGCGCAAUUUUGAUGCUUUCUAUAUAUUUACUAUUAAAUUUUCGAAAUCUCCGGCGUGCAAUUUCCAAACUUUCCAGUCACGUGGAAUCGGGCCUUUACGAAGUAUACAGUCAAUAUGACAUUCUAUAAUUCUUGUCUUUGAUAGUGAUUGUGGUAACAGACAGAGAUACUGGGCGACCUCGUGGAUUUGCAUUUGUGAUUUUUGAAGAACAGGAAGAUGCAAAAGCUGCGAUUGACGGCCUCGACAACACUGUAUGUCAUUUUUGAAUUUCCCUAUUUGUCUACCUUUGUCAUGUUCAGAGGUGUAACUUAACACUUGCCUGCUCACCCAAGCAGACCCUGGGCAAGUGAAUAUCAUGAUGGGCAAGUGAUUAUCAUGAUGGGCAAGUGAUUAUCAUGAUUGGGCAGGUUGCCUUGCCACAAAAAGCUGGGCAUCUUUAAGUCCCCUUAAUUUAUACCCCCUACCAUUGUGGCCGUUGUCUGAUGGCAAGUGAAUUUUAUUCAGGGCAACUAAUUUUCAUGUCGAACUGGUAAAAAAGUAAAGUUACACCACUGAUGUUGUUGUCGCAGUUUGUACAGAGUUGAAUGUCGAAGUUUUACUUGUGUUUCAGGGUUCGAAUUAGCGGCUCGCUAUAUACAAUUUGCGAAUGGCAUUUUGCAAAAACAAUGUGUUAAGGUUUACAUAAAAGGUUGAUUUUCACAAUGACUUCGAAUGUAUUUUACUAUAAUGGAAGAUAUGGAGUAUUUUGCUGACUAUUAUUGUAAUUUUGUACUAAAAAGAUGUGAAAUAUGAAGAAUAUGGCUACAAUUUCUUCAGAAAAUUUACGAAAUUCGCCAAUGAAACGACAGCCAUUUUGUUUUUUGCAAGAAGUGUUUCCACUUUUCGAAACUGAAAUUUCCUUCAAAUUUUCAAGAAGGAAAUUUGCGAAUUGAUUUGUCCUGUCUAAUUCGAACCCUGUAUUUUUUGGGUAGUUUCGUCUAUCUCAAUUUUCUGAUGUUUUUGGACCUCCAUAAGCUGGCGCGUAUUGAAGUUUGUAAUCUUUGUAUCAUCUUUUCAGGAAGUGGACGGACGCACAAUCAGAGUGAGCGAAUCAAGGCCACGUAGCGAUGGUGGUGGUGGUGGACGGAGUUCCUAUGGUGGACGUGGUGGUGGACGCGGUUAUGGUGGCGGUCGUGGUCGAGGUUAUAGUGGUGGCGGUGGUGGCCGUUAUGGUGGUGGUGGUGGAGGUAGUUAUGGUCAAAGAUCUGGUGGUGAUCGUUAUAGUAGUGGUGGUGGUGGUGGUUAUGGUGGCAGAUCUGGUGGUGGUAGCAGAUAUGACAGCUAUUAAUAGGUAAGUCAAAAUUGAUACCACUGAGUAGGCUGUUGCAGUAUAUCGAUAUAUUGACAAUUAUUGUUUUUUUAAUAAAUACCGAUUAUUCACUAUUGAAGUUUUCGAUAUCGGAAUAUCGAUAUUUUUCGGUAUUAUAGAUAUCAUGUUUACGUUUGUAUAUUUAAAUGCCAUAUCAAGCUUUGUCAAGCGCUGAUUAGAGUUAUUUCAGAAGAACAAAGACAAUCAAUGUGUUAACUUUGAUGGAAAGUCUGUAAUUAGGGUUAGAGCGAGAGCUAAAAAGUGUUUGUUUGUUUAUGUUGGCGUUGCAAGGUAUAAUAUGUCAUUUCGCUUGUCAAAAAGUGAACUUUUUAGAACGGAAACAAUGCUGGAUUACAAAUGUUUUAAAAAAACAAAAUAGGACGAUCUUUGUUUCAAAUUCACACUGAUUCCUUUAAAGUAUUGGAUGUAGUAUUUUGUUGAGCAAACAUGUUGUUGACUUUUGAACAUUUGCUUGCAAAAAUAAGAGUUCUAUAACAUUUAAAGUUUGCUAGUUCACGGCAACGAAGUAUAUCCGUCAUGUUUUCGCUCGCCACAUUGGUUUUUGUAAGUUGAAAUGAAUUCACCAUCCAAUGUUUCAACACUCCAGUCAAGCGUCUUUAUCAGUGGUCAUUAGCAAGUGAAAAUAUAUAACAUUUGUUUUGUAACCCUCGUUUAGUUGAUACCAUCGAUACUUUUUGUGUUCUGUUACUCGAUCUUGAUACAAUGUUUAUUCUGUUCUCGUACAAUAAAGGCACACGAUGACCGGCUCCUCGAAAUAUCUGUGAUCAAAUUGCAUUCUAUGAAACUCUCAACACUUGUUAUGUAUCAAUUAUGACACUGGUCGUUCCAUCAAAGACUCAUGGCCAGUUGAACUAUUUAGGUGAUCUUGUCAAUCGAGAGAAGACCAGAGCAAUGAUGUCAACUUUAUUUUUAGCUCAUUACGUAAUGUCAAUGUUGUCCGAUUAAAAAUUAUUUACUUACCCGUUACCG